AUGGCCAAGUCUAGAACUACUAGUAUUACUUGCAAGAAGAAGAAGAGCAUUGUCAAGCUCAAAAUUGUAGUCGAAAAGCUUAAAAAAAGUCUAUUGUGCGGUAGGUCAAAAUCAUCAGUUUCCAAGUGCGAUGACUCAAAAAAUGUGCCCGAAGAUGUGAAGGAGGGUCACUUUGCUGUGAUAGCUGUGGAUGGAGACGAACCAAAGAGAUUUGUGGUUGCAUUGAGUUACUUGACGCACGCAACUUUCUUGAAGCUAUUGGAGCAAGCAGCUGAGGAGUAUGGUUUUGACCAUGAAGCUGCAAUCACCAUUCCUUGUCCGCCAAGCGAGCUUGAGAAGAUUUUACAUGAUGAUCAGCAAUGGCAAGAGGAAGAAAGGCUCGUCUAG